AUGGGUUCAAUCGAUAUCCCCCAAACACAAACCGUCGCCCUUGUGCGCAGUCUCGGUGGAGAAGUCGAGUUCAAAACCGACUAUCCCGUUCCAUCUCCCGGUCCCAACGAAGUUCUCGCAAAGGUGCUUUACAGUGGUGUCUGCCAAAGUGACCUCCAUACCAAGGCUGGCACAGCAGCCGGUUCAGACGGAACCCCAAUCACAAAUAUUAAACUGCCCCACGUUGGCGGCCACGAAGGAAUCGGUCAGAUCGUUGCCCUAGGUCCAGGUAUCACGCACACUGCAGGAAUCAAGAUCGGUGGACUAGUUGGGAUCCGGUUCUCGAGUCGUAUUUGUCGACGCUGCGAAUUCUGCCUUGCUGGUGUAGAGCAGCACUGCACUAGCUCUACGAACCAUCUGCACCAUGAAGAUGGUAGCUUUCAACAAUACAUUGCCUUGGAUGCGGAUUACUUGACUGUCUUGCCGGAUGAUGUUGAUCCUAAGGUUAUGGGACCGGUUUUGUGUGCGGGUUUGACAGCUUAUAAGGCGGUAUUGAAUGCAAACGUACGACCUGGAAACUGGCUUGUCGUUGUUGGCGCAGGUGGAGGUCUUGGGCAUUUGGCAGUUCAAUAUGCUCGAGCUCAGGGAGCUUUGGUAAUUGGUGUAGACACUGGUGCAGGAAAAGCAGACUUCGUCCGGGGUAUUGGAGCCCAAGAAUUUAUCGAUUUUGCAAAGGAGGAUCCCAUCAAGAGAGUGCACGAGAUUACUGGUCUGGGAGCUCAUGCAGUAGUCGUGACUGCGGGGAACGCCAAGGCAUUUGCUCAUGCGUGCGAGAUGUUGCGAGUUGGUGGUACUCUCAGCUGUGUUGGAAUACCACCUGGAAGCCCCGCCCUCGAAACGCCAAUUUGUACAAUUGUGAUCAAGGGUCUGAGGAUCACUGGUAAUCUGGUUGGGUCCUUGAAGGAAUGUAUGGAGGCAGUCGACUUGGUUCGACGAGGUGUUGUGAAGCCUGUGGUCAAGGUCCGCCCGUUCAAAGAUCUGCCUCAGAUUUAUGAGGAGAUGGAGAAGGGUGAUAUUGCUGGUCGGAUUGUGGUCCAACUCACUGAAUAA